UGUGCGCGACACUGUGACAGCGCAGCGUGAGCUGAGAAGCAGCGCUCUGAGUUAGCUCAUCAGGGCUAACAUGGCGAAACGUCGUGGACCGUAUAAAAGAUAUUUGGAGGAUGACACAGCAGAGAUUCCAAGGACUACCAAGCACAGAUGGAAAGUAAAAGUAAGUAACAGAUAAUGAAUUAAAUAUUUGUAAAUAUCUUUAAACUGGGCCCCUCCUCUCGGGCUCUCAACUGUGUAGCCUCCUGCCCCUGACAGCAGUAGCAGCAGUUGUCAGUCCGAGUGAGGCGCUGGAGAUGUGGGCCCAUGGAGAAUGAAAUGACUGUAAUAUCUGCCAUUUAUAUUUGAACACCCCACCUUACCAGGACAGGGCAGAACUACAGGAUAACACACAAGAUCCCAUGAGUCGGUCUAUUGCUUCCCACAGAGAAGUUAGAGAUGAUGUCAACAGUAGGAGAUCCUCCACAAUUAAGCUUUUGGAUACUGCCUUUCAACAGUAUGAUUAUAAAGAUAACCAAAUCAACACAGAGGAACACUGGAGUAACACUUCCAACAGUGAAGAUGAAGAUAAUGAACUCAACACUGAGAACCCUACCACAAGCCAAUUGGAUGUGGAAAUUUCAGAGAAUGAGGAAGCCCUGUCACAUUCUGAAGAGGACUGAUUCUGCCAGUAAUGAAGGUGAAAACCAUGUUGACGAUGAAGACGUGAUGGAGGGAAAUAGUACUAGAGAAACGACAACUGAAUUUUCAGUGGGCAGUGAAGACCAAGCAGAUGGUGACAAGCCCCUGUAUCCUGGUGCACCUGUUUCAAAGGGAGAAAGUUUACUGAUGCUGAUGUCCUAUGUGCUGUGGAACAAUUUAACCGGCAAAGCACUUACUCAUUUACUGGAACUGUUCAACCUGAUGUUUCCAGGUCUGGUUCCACCCUCACAUUACCUUUUCCACAAAGAAUGUGGAAGUUCAUCACAGUCUAAAGUUCACUUUUAUUGUGAAAAAUGUUUAGCAUACCUUGGCAUUAGUGCAGACUGUCCCUCUCAUUGUACCCUUUGCAACACAGUAUUUGAUGCCAACACAAGUUUAAAAAAGGGUUUCUACUUUAUUGUAAUUCCCCUUCACGCACAGAUUAAACAACUUCUGCAGGAACAUGAUGUCAGUCUUACUGAAAAAAGUAGAUCCUUUGGUGUUUUAACUGACAUACAGUCUGGUGGAGAGUAUCAAAAAAUGUGUGACAGUGGAAUUCUUGGAAAAGAUGAUAUGACUCUGAUUUGGAAUUGUGAUGGUGCACCAGUGUUUAAAAGCUCUAAAUGCAGCAUUUGGCCAAUUCAGUGCCAGAUAAUUGAACUGGAACCAGAAAUGAGAAAAAGGCACAUUUUAACUAAAUAAGAGAUACAACAGUGCUGUAGCCUUGAAAGAUGGAACAUUUUGCUUAAUUAAAUACUUGAUUAUUUUUAAACAAACAUGUUUACAUCAGGGCCACACGGUA